GUAGCGGCAAUAUCAAACCCAUGGUCAGAGUUUAGAUUGUACCGAAAUCCAAAAGCCAGAAAUGACGGAAGCUUUGUGUCGUUAGUGGAUUUCUUGACAUAUGCAAAAAAUGCCACAACUGUAUCUGGUGUGAUGAUCAGCAUAGAGAAUGCAGUUUACCUGGCAAAGCAUGGAUAUGGUGUAACUGCUGCUGUUCUUGAAGCCUUGAGCAACACUGCUUACAAUAAUCAGUCAGCCAAGAAAGUUAUGAUCCAAUCAACAGACAGUUCGGUUCUAAAAGAAUUUAGGAAAAGCCAUUAUGAACUUGUGUAUAGGGUUGCUGAUGAUAUCAGUGAUAUUGAGAGCUCAACUAUAUCUGAGAUCAAGAGCUUUGCUAGUUCUGUAAUUGUAACCAAAAAAUCUGUUUUUCCAAGUGAGGAACAAUUUCUCAUUGGGCAAACAGAUGUGGUGCAGAAGCUGCAGUCAUCGAAUCUCCCAGUGUACGCAAGACUCUUUAAUAAUGAAUUUGUGUCUCAAGCAUGGGACUUCUUCUCAGAUUCAUCUGUCGAGAUAAACAACUAUAUCUCUGGAGCUGGUAUUGAUGGUGUUAUAACAGAAUUUCCCGGCACAGCUGCUAGAUACAGAAGGAACCGUUGUUUGGGUUAUAAAGACCGACCACUGUAUCUUAGCCCUGUUGAACCUGGAGGUCUCCUACAAUUCAUGGCUCCUCAGUUAUUGCCAGCAGCUGAAGCUCCAAAUCCAAUACUUACUGAUAGUGAUGUGGUUGAGCCACCUCUACCUCCUGUUGCAAAGAUCACUCCUGCUGGCAAUGAGUCUAUAGCUGCAACUCCCACCCCUCCAAGUGGUCAAUCCUCAGUUGUGGCUGGCGUUUUCACAAGUUGCGUCGCCAUUCUUCUUGCCAAUCUUCUGAUCUUUUGAUCAAAUCAGAUCAUUUGUGCCUCAGUGAGACCAUACAGUGCACUUUGUAUGUCCAUUUUGCUGAUCAACUUCAUGUUAUUGCAAAGCCAUGCAUGAUCACGACAGUAGUCUAUGUAAAGAGAAUAGAAGAGGGAAAAUAACGGGGAUUGUUAUAUUGGUUGUAUCACUGAGUAGAGAAAGAGUCUGUACAACAAUUAAAUCAACAAAGAUUAAGUUGAAGAA